AGCUUUAUGCUCAGUAAAGGUACUAUCGCAGCUUCAGCUUUACCCGCGGUCGUUUCGUUUACUCUGAUUCAAUGUUUCCUGCUCCAUUCGGGCAGUCUGGGUGAACGCUCAUUUCCCUUGAUGCCUCUCUCUCCGCGCCCCCUUCUUAUAGCUCUGAGUCACGGUUGGGGUUGACAUUUGCUGGCCAGUCUUCCACUCCGAGCGCCUCUAGACGAAGCCUUUCCACCCCAGCUAUGCGCUUUUCCGCCUUCAAGCGGAUUGCUACCGCGCUUCUCGCCAGUUCCAGCUUAGCUUCAGCCCUGAAUGAGGUGGUCAGAUUUGAAGAUACAGAGUGGGACGACGACAAUUGGAUUAUAAGAACUCAGCACUUCGACCAGGGGCGCUAUCAGUCUCGCAUGUCCCUUGCCAACGGCUACCUCGGAAUUAACCUUGCAGCCAUUGGACCGUUCUUCGAAAUCGAUCAGCCUGCCAAUGGAGACAACUUCAAUGGCUGGCCUCUUUUCAACGUGCGGCAAACAUUCGCAACGAUAGCGGGCUUCUACAAUAGCCAGGGGAGAGCCACAGGCAGCAAUUACCCCUGGUUGUAUGAAUAUGGCGGGGAGAGUUUUAUCAGCGGCGUGCCACAUUGGGCCGGGCUCGUAGUCGAGGCCAAUGGGGCUGUCCUAAACGCUUCAGUCAAUCCUGAACAUAUCUCGUACUUCACUUCGAGUCUCGAUGUCGCGGCGGGAUUCCUGAGCUGGACGUAUACCUGGAAGCCGGGAGGAGGAGAAGCCAUAAAUGUGGAGUACAACAUGUUCGUCCAUAAGCUCCAUGUCAACCAGGCUGCAGUCCAACUCAAACUCACGGCGAGUCGCGACACGAACGUUACCGUAUACGAUGUAUUGGAUGGGGCCUGCGCCGUCCGUGCGGACUUCGUGGACAAAAAGUACGAGACGGAUUCUGCAACCAUUUGGUCUGCCGUGAGUCCGGAAAAUAUCCCGAAUGCCACCGCCUACAUUUAUUCCACCCUUAAGGGCAAUGAGUUCAUUAACCUAAGGACUCGUGCUGAGGUCACAGGGGGAAUAGAAGGCAUCUUCGGCGGCCAUAACGCGUCUUCAAUCGCACAGUCCGUCAAGGUAAAUCUCCUAGCAGGCGCGACGGCCGAGGUGACCAAGUAUGUUGGAGGGGCCUCUUCUGACGCUUUUCCUGAUGCGAAGGCCGUCGCUAGCGCUGCAUCAAUAACCGGCGCCUCACAGGGGUUUGCCACACUUCUGCAUUCGCACAUCCAGGAGUGGGCGACCAUUCUCACCAGAGAUUCGGUUGACAGCUAUCACUACCCCAAUGGUUCGCUUCCCUCUAAUACCAACCUUCAGGAGUUGCAGGUCACAUCUGUUAUGAAUCCUUUCAUGAUCCUCCAGAACACCGUCGGACCAAAUGCCAUUGCGGCGGCUGGGAACAACACGCAUCUGAACAUUCACAGCAUCCCUGUUUGCGGGCUCGGAUCGGAUUGUUACGGCGGGCUGAUCUUCUGGGACGCCGAGACUUGGAUGGCACUCGGAAUGCAACUUUCGCAUCCAAAGCAUAUCGAGCAGGUUGUUAACUACCGCGUCGAGAAGUAUCCGCAGGCGAAAGAGAAUGUCAAGAUGGCUUUCAGCUCGUCGAAGAACCAAACUGGAAGAUUCACUGGAGGAGCCGUCUACCCUUGGACCAGUGGACGUUAUGGCAACUGCACGGGCACCGGCCCUUGCUUCGAUUAUGAGUAUCAUCUGAACGGUGACAUUGCUAUCACUUUCCGGAAUCAAUAUGCCGUGACAGGGGAUGUUCAACAGUUUACGGAGAAGCUGCUUCCCAUCUCAAACGAUAUUGCAUACUUUUUCGGCGAAGUCCUCGAUUUCAACGAGACAUCGGGCCACUAUGAACUCUGGAAUGCCACCGAUCCGGACGAGUAUGCGAACAAUAUCAAUGGAGCUGGCUUUACUACCGCGCUUAUCCAGAAGCACUUCAAUGAGACGAAUGAGCUCAAUGCUAUGUUUGGACUGCCGCGGAACGAGACCUGGACCUCGAUUGCGGAGAAUAUGCGUCUUCCAGUGAACGAAGACGUGGGCAUUGUGCUAGAAUACGACACCAUGAACGGCUCUAUCGUGGUCAAACAAGCAGACGUCGUUCUGGUGGACGAUAUCCUCCACUACCAAAACCCAUACAGCCUGGCAGACUUGGACUACUACGCAAACAAGCAGUCUCCUGAUGGACCUGGAAUGACCUACGCCGCCUUUAGCAUCGUUGCGAAUGAGAUAUCACCGUCGGGUUGUUCGAGCUACACCUAUGAUCUAUACUCGUCCCAGCCGUACAUUCGCGCUCCGUGGUUCCAAUAUUCGGAGCAGCUCAUCGAUAACUUCUAUUUGAACGGCGGAACCCAUCCUGCAUUCCCCUUCCUUACUGGUAUGGGUGGAGCGAACCGCGUCGGCAUCUUUGGCUAUCUGGGAUUGCGCCUGUUCGUUGACAAGCUAGACAUCGACCCUUCCCUCCCACCGCAAAUCGCACAUCUUAGCUACCGGACCUUCUAUUGGCAAGGCCAUGGCAUCAACGCAACGUCCAACACCACCCAUACUACCCUCGUCCGCUUACCCGCGGAGAACUAUACUCUCCCCACCGCAAAUCAGGAAUUCUUCAGCAAACCUAUCCCAGUAACACUAGGAACCCGCCCCGGCAACUUCACUCUGGGCAACGAACCGCUCAUUGUCCCAAACCGUAUGAUCGGCCAAACCGAAACUGUCGCCGGCAACAUCCUGCAAUGCAAGCCCAUCGUCCCCGGCGACUCCCAGCACCUCCCGGGCCAAUUCCCCAUCGCCGCCAUCGACGGCGCCUCGUCCACAAAAUGGCAGCCCGAGAACUCAACCCGCAUGAACUACAUCAGCGUCGACCUCGGAACCACCUCCUUCUCCCCUAUCAAAGCUGUCAUGUUCGACUGGGGCAAGGAGCCGCCAUCCUACUACGAAGUCCUGUUCAGCAAUAGCUCACUGCCUCCAUUUGAUGAAGGCAGUGAUGUGCGGAAUGUGACGAGUGGGUCGGUGCAAGUUAGCGAGCCGUUUGAUGCUGCGAGAGCAUUCGUUAUUCAGCCGAUUAAGGGGAAUCAGACGAAUGUUACGUUGGCGGAGGGGGUGUGGAGUGGCAGAUUUGCGCAUUUGGGGAUAUUAGGGAAUUUGGCCGGGGGUAGGAAGGAUGAUGCGGGAGGAACGGUAGCGGAGUGGAAUUUGGUUAGGGAGUAACUUGGUAGGUUGGUGGGUAAUGCGCACGGGGUAGGCUUCUGCCCCGAGGAAUUGCUGCCGUUUAGUCGCGGUGCUUGGAAUUAAAGUGAAUGUAUGUUUACUUAAUGAAUCGCAA